UACACAUGCUCUUUCUUUUUGCCCCUUUCUCAUAGACAGGACCUCCGGUCGCCUCCGUCCCGGCCCGAGCUUAACCCCCCGAAAUACCCCACCUCCCUCCCACAUGUUCGGGCAGGAAAACGUCAAUAGAGGGGCAACUUGUGUUCUGCAGUUUGCACAUUCACGUCCAAGUUACCUUAUCAUUAUCCGUGCCUUAGCUCAUUUGCCCCUCCUUUGCCGCUGCCCAACAGUGUAAAAGGUACUAAGGUAGUACUUUUCCCUACCUACCUCAGGUAUCCCGAUCUCGGUCCUCUUCUUUUUUCUGACCUCAACUCCCAGAUUUCACUUAAACUCAAAAAACAAACAAAAGUUGUCAAGAUGCACAUCCUCGUGGUUAACGAUGACGGCCCUCCGUCCCCCCACUCAUCUCCUUAUGUCCAUUCUCUCGUUCGAGAACUUCAAGCCCAUGGGCAUACCGUCUCGGUCUGCCUCCCUCACACCCAGCGCUCUUGGAUCGGAAAGGCGCACAUGAUCGGCCAGACCGUCAAGCCACUCUACUACCGCCCUCCCCCACUCUCCGCUCCCGCCGCGGGCUUGACACACGACGACGAGAACAACAACGACAGCACCACCACCACCACCACCGAGCAGCAGGACAAGGACUACAACACCCCCUCGCCGGCGCACGGCACGACGCACCCCCGGCCCAGCACGCGGCGCGGCACCGAGGAGUGGAUCCUGGUGGACGGCACGCCGGCGUCGUGCGUGCAGAUCGGCCUGCACCACUUCUUCGGCGACCGCGGCCCCGUCGACCUGGUCGUCAGCGGGCCCAACUACGGCCGCAACACCACCGCCGUCUUCGCCCUCAGCAGCGGCACCCUCGGCGGCGCCCUCGAGGCCGCCGUCUGUCGCCACCGCGCGAAGGCGACGCGGCAGGGGGUGAGGGUGAUUGAGGCGCUGGUGAGGGAGUGGCCGGAGGAUGGGAGUGUGGAUUUGUAUAGUGUGAAUGUGCCGCUGUUGGAGGGGUUGGAGGAGGGGAAGGUGCUGUAUACGGAGAUGUUGCAGAAUUAUUGGGGGGCGGGGAGCUGUUUUACCGAGGUGGAUGGGAGUGUGGACGGCGAGGAGGAGGAUGAGGAGCGGAUUCGGGAGGGGGAGGCCAAGGUGGAGGAGGAGGAUGGCGGUGAUGCUGGGAAGGGCAAGACGGCGUGCCAUACGCACAAGCACUUCAAGUGGUCCCCGCGGUUUACGGAUGUGUAUCAGAGCGUGGAAGAUGCGCCGCCGGGGAACGAUGGGUGGGCGGUCAAGGAGGGGCAUACAAGUAUCACGCCCCUCAAGGCCAACUUUUUCCAGACUGCCACACAGCUGCACGGAAAGGAGUUGCAAUUAGGAGCCUCUAGGAGCUCAACCUUUGGAGCUGUGCCCAAGUCUGUGGCAGCCACUUCUGGCACCCUAACUCGGGAUCUUCCGAUCAGAGAAAAGUGGAAGCCUCGGGUUUACGCGCUGGUCGACUAUGACGACGAUUAUGUCCAGCCCCUGAUCAUGGCCGCCAUGAAGUUCCUUCUCCCCGCCGACAGCUAUACCCUCGUCAACCCGCCGUCGAGUUGGUCCAAGUCAUCACCGGAAAUUACGCUCCCGGACCUCAUCGCUGAGCCCAACGCCAAGGUCCUCCAAAUCAUGCCUUACGAGAGCAUCGACUUUGACUUCGCCUCGACCCACCCCGAUACGUGUCUCAUCAACAGCUACGUGAUCAGGAAGGCGCUCAUCCGCAAGCACUUCCUCUCGGCGACGGUCGACAACUGGGUGGCGAAGCACCCCGACUCGGUACUCAAGACACAUGUCAAACGCAGCGAGGCGUUCGAGGUGGAUUUCGCCGAGUUCUUAGACGACGCCCUGAUCGAGGCGUUCGACCUGCGCGAGAGCCUGGACAAAAAUGCCGCUGCCGCGUACGGAGCGGACGGAGAUGACGCCCAGAAAGUGGCGGAGCACGAUGACGAGAGCGUACAGGCCGCAGCAACUAUUGCUGAGGGGAAGGGGGAGAAGGAGGAUACGACCGAGUGGUGGAUCCUCAAACCCAGCAUGAGCGAUCGCGGCCAGGGCAUCCGGCUGUUCAACACGAUGGAGCAGCUGCAGGAGAUCUUUGACGAGUGGGAACCCGAGAGCAGCGACGAGGAAGACGAAGACGAUGAAAACGAAGACGAAAACGAGGACCAUGACGACCAGCAAGGUGGCGGAGACGACAACAAAGAACACAUCAUGACCUCGCACCUGCGGCACUUUGUCGCCCAACCCUACAUCCACCCCCCCCUCCUCCUCCCGCAGCUCAACAACCGCAAGUUCCACAUCCGCGUCUACGUCCUCUGCGUCGGCAGUCUAAGCGUCUACGUCUACCGGGACAUGCUCGCGCUCUUCGCCGCCAAGCCGUACCAGCCCCCCGGGUCCGGGUCCAGCUCCAGCUCCAGCUCCACCCCCGACCUCGACGCCCACCUCACCAACACCUGCCUGCAGCCCACCACCACCACCACCACCACCCCAGACGGCAGCAGCACCGCGGCGGCGGACCUCGUCCACCGCCUCGACGACCUACCCCUCUCCCCAUCACAAUUCACCUCCCUCACCACCCAAAUCUGCGCCAUCACGGGCGACCUGUUCGAGGCGGCCGCCCGCGGCAUGACGGUGCACUUCCAGCCGCUGCCGCAGGCGUUUGAGGUGUAUGGACUGGACUUCCUCGCCGAUGCCCAAGGCACCGCCUGGCUGCUCGAGGUCAAUGCCUUUCCGGACUUCAAGCAGACCGGCGCCGGGCUCGCGGGGGUCGUGGCCGGGUUCUGGGAGGGGGUGGUGAGGAGGGCGGUGCUGCCUUUUGUUGUGAAGCCCGAUGGCUCCGCUGCUGGCCAGGCUGCUGCUGCUGCUGCUGUUCCCCGGGUGGGUGCUGGGGGUGGUGGUGUUGCUGAUGCUAAUGGGGGCGGUGAUGGUGGGCAGGGGGGUGGUGAUGAUGGGAUGGUGCUGGUUAGGGAGGUGGAUCUGGGGAGGCGUUGGUAG